CACUUAUGCACAUUGACCUGACAUAAGUCGAGACUACGUCCUUCUAAUGCUCAACUGUCACGCCUGCCUCUGGCGAUGCGUUCAGCCCUUCGAUCGCCCAGCUAACCUCCAACGUCUUCACCGCAAUGUAAUUCCACUUCUUCGCCAUAGCCAGCAACGGCUCGAGAGCACCAACGUUCGCAAAACCGACACACGCCCUCACUACCUCGCCAGGGUCGAGAAGCUAUCGAAAAGCAGGGACGAGCCAUGGAAGAACUCGGCAGUUGCAGAAAAUCAGAGGAACCGUGAACGAGCGGCGUUACGGCAAUCAUCCUCGAGAGAUGCUGAGAGGCAAGAGACUCCAAACUUGAUGACGUUGGGCAAAAGAGACACGAGCAUGUCAGAAACCGACUGGAAUAGGAGGAAACGAGAACUGCGGUAUCUGCAAGACCCACUAGACCUCGCCCAGUUUGUACAGGCGGAAUUGAAGAAGGACAAAGUGGUUGAGAUGAAGCAGCUAGUGCAGAUGGCGAGCCACUCCAUGGCAUGUGUGGUCAGUUGGAAUCACAUCAUCGACUACUACCUGGCCAAGUCGCAGGUUGGCUCUGCGCUGAAGGUUUACAACGACAUGAAGAAGCGCGCACAGUUUCCCGACUCCUAUACGUACACGAUCCUUCUACGAGGGCUUUCGAUAAAUGCGCAUACCUCAGGUGUCCUCGAGAAGGCCCUCUCGGUAUACCACUCCCUCUACGCACCGAACUCUCGAGUCGAACCGUCGAUUAUACACACGAACGCCACACUGCGAGUAUGCGCAAGAGCGCUGGACAUGGAUGCGCUAUGGGGCAUAGCUGCGAAGAUCCCAGAAACGGGCCCUGCAGCAGCGAAUGCCACCACCUACAACACCAUAAUCAACGCGAUUCGACAGAGCAUGCUCCUCGGUGCGCCGAGGGACGAGUCUGAAGAGGAGGCAGCGGCCAGGAAAGAGCGCAGUGUCAUGGAAGCCAGACGGCUAUGGGAAGACAUUAUAGGCAAAUGGAGGAACGCUGAUCUUGUCAUUGACGAGGAAUUGGUGUGCUCAAUGGGGAGACUUCUUCUGCUAGGAGCGCGACCACGGGACUGGGACGAUGUGCUUUCUCUGGUUGAGCAGACCAUGGACAUACCGCGACUUGUGCCUCGACUGGGUACGGCAGCACGAAAGGAAGCUGGCUUCCACCAACUGCGCGCACCAAAUGUGCCGGAGGACUACAAAUUCGACGAUGAUCACCUGGCACCUGGAGAGUCUGCGACGCGCGGAGAGGAGUUCCUGCCUUUUACAGGCAGCCUAGCGAAGCAUCUUGCUUUUGUCAAACCUGGCAACAACACACUUUCUAUGGUGCAAGAAGCGUGUCUGAAGAUCGCCGCACCCAAAGCUGCGCAAAAGUACUGGGAUAUGCUGGGCGAUCCCGCGACAUACGAUGUCAGACCAGAUCUCAACAACUUGAAUCAACAACUACGCAAUCUGCGUCAGAACCGAUCGUCAGCUGCCGUCGUUGAGCUUCUACAAAAAGACAUGCUCGACAAGGGUGUUCAGCCACAACUGGGAACAUUCAGGAUCGCCAUGAGCACUUGCGUACGAGACAAGAACAACCACAACUCGCUCAGACACGCCAGCCAGAUCCUCCACUUCAUGAACAAAACUUUCGAGGACGCUGAUGCUAAGACUGUGGGCAUGUACGCUGAUCUUGCGAACACUUUCCCGUUGGCGAAGGGCCAGAACCUCAUCGAUGCACUCACCUCUCUUCAUCCUAUUGUGAAGAAUCUGCGUCUUCAGCUUGGUAUCGGCGGAGCAGGUAAGAAUAAGCAAGGUUCCACCUACCUGACGGGCUCAGCGCGACAGGAUGCCCUCGCUGCGAUCAGGAAAGUGUACAGUGUCUACGAUCGACUGCUGCUCUCGAAUUUGAUCGCAGAAGAGCAGAAGCAGGACUUCAAGAAAGAAAGGGCCAGGCUGUCGGCGUUCAUUCAAAUGCAAGUCGAGAGGAUCAAUGAGCAAAAGGUUCGUGAACCGGAUCGGAAGGACCAGCCAUCGAAAGAAGAGUUCGAGGAACAUAGCUUCUUGAACGAAGAUGAAGAAGGUGAAGGAGCCGAGUCUACACAGGAAAGGACUCAUGAGCGACGCACAUGGCGCUCUCAUGGCUCAAAGGACGAGAGAGGCAACUGGAGAACGAGGCAAGCGAAGCCUGAAGACCAGAGAAACCCGUGGGGCAACCGUCGUUCGUCCUCUCGGUAUUAUUGAAGCGGACAGCAUAAGAGACGGGUCGUGGAUGAAAAGCAACGGCCAUGAACUGUUGUAACAUAAGCAUGUACCAUACCCUGCGUCUGCAGACGAAUGAUCAAUAGAC